CGAUUCCUACCAAUCUUUUAUGGGAGAGAUAUUUAUUGGAGAGAUGGUUAUUAAAGGAAGGUGGAAACGGCUACGUGUGGUGAAUCAAAAAAGCAAGGUAGCACGACAAGAAGACAUGAAACUGCCGUUCUAUGACUGGAUCUGCUGGCUGUGGGUGACCCUGUGCUGCUUGUUUGGGGGUGUCCAUGGGACAUUCAUGACGAGAAACUCCAGACCCAACAUUGUGCUGCUGAUGGCAGACGACCUUGGGGUGGGAGACUUGUGCUGCUAUGGCAACAACACAGUGAGCACGCCAAAUAUCGACCGCCUGGCGAGUGAGGGCGUGAGGCUGACCCAGCACCUGGCGGCGGCUUCCACGUGUACCCCGAGCCGGGCCGCCUUCCUGACCGGCCGGUAUCCCAUCAGAUUAGGAAUGGCGUCUCCCUACAACCUGAACCGUGACUUCCCCUGGCUUGGUGGUUCGGGGGGUCUUCCCACCAACGAAACGACUUUUGCCAAGCUUCUGCAACAUCGGGGCUACCGCACGGGACUCAUAGGAAAGUGGCAUCUGGGAUUGAGUUGUGGCUCCCGGGACGAUCACUGCUACCACCCGCUCAACCACGGGUUCGACUACUUCUACGGGAUGCCUUUUGGGCUGUUGAGCGACUGCCAGGCCUCCAAGACGCCGGAGCUGCACCGCUGGCUCCGGAUCAAGCUGUGGAUCUCCACAGCGGCCAUCGCCUUGGUUCCUCUGCUGCUCCUCAUCCCCAAAUUCGCCCACUGGUUCUCGGUCCCCUGGAAGGUCAUCGUCAUCUUGGCUCUUCUCGCCUUGCUGUUUUUCUUAUCCUGGUACUCCAGUUACGGGUUCGCUCGGCGCUGGAAUUGCAUCCUCAUGAGAAACCAUGACGUCAUCCAGCAGCCCAUGAACGAGGACAGGGUGGCCUCUCUCAUGCUGAAGGAAGCCCUGACUUUUAUCGACAGGUAUAAACGGGAACCUUUUCUUCUCUUCUUUUCCUUCCUUCACGUGCACACUCCACUCGUCACCAAAGAGAAGUUCGUCGGGCACAGUAAAUACGGAUUGUAUGGGGACAAUGUGGAGGAAAUGGAUUGGAUGGUGGGUAAAAUCCUGCAGGCUCUGGACCAGGAGUGCUUAGCCAACCGCACCUUGGUGUACUUCACCUCGGACAACGGGGGGCGGCUGGAGUCCCAGGACGGAGCUGCCCAGCUGGGCGGCUGGAACGGCAUCUACAAAGGUGGCAAAGGGAUGGGAGGAUGGGACGGAGGCAUCCGGGUGCCAGGAAUACUCCGGUGGCCGACGGUGCUGGAGCCUGGGCUCGUGGUGGAUGAGCCCACCAGCCUCAUGGACAUCUACCCGACCCUGUCCUAUAUCGGAGGAGGGAUUCUGCCCCAAGACAGGGUGAUUGACGGCCGGAACCUCAUGCCCCUGCUGGAGGGGAGGACAUCCCACUCAGACCACGAGUUCCUCUUCCACUACUGUGGGGUCUACCUGCACACGGUCCGGUGGCACCAAAAGGACUGUGCCACCGUGUGGAAGGUGCAUUAUGUGACUCCCAAGUUCUCCCCGGAGGGCAGCGGCGCCUGCCAUGGAAGCGGGAGAUGUCCGUGUUCCGGGGAUGUCACCCACCACGACCCACCUCUCCUCUUUGACAUCUCCAAGGACCCUGCCGAAGCCCGGCCGCUGAACCCUGACAACGAAGCGCUGUUCGAUUCCGUGAUCAAGAAGAUCGAGGCGGCCGUCAAAGAACACCGUGGGACUCUCACGCCCGUCCCCCUGCAGUUCUCCGUGUUCAACACGAUUUGGAAACCGUGGCUGCAGCCGUGUUGCGGGACCUUCCCCUUCUGUGGCUGCGACAAGGAGCAUGACGUCCUCCCCACUGCUCCCUGAGCAACGGGGACGCUUGUUACGCAGCACAAACUGACUGUUGCCGUGGUCACAGGGUCGACGCCCACCUGACUGGCUCAUCGCAUCUGGGAUAAAAAAAAAAAAAAAUGACGUUUUCAAUGGUGGUUGUGUUGUCCGACAUCAGUUUUUCCUUCACAGGGCCCCGGGGAAAAUGAAAAUGGGUCCACACCCCAGCAAAACCUUCUUUUCUUCUUCUCUCUUCAAACGGUUGAGAGAAGACCAGAGUGCCAUACCUAAGUCAGCCAGCAGUGCUGGGGAAGUAUUUAAAAACACGCAAAAACAAUAGGGAAGGUCGACCACAACGCAUUAGUAGGAUAACGGUUACCCGAAGGAAUUUCCGAACCUUCUAUUUUGUAUACAAACGCACAAAACUUUGUUGUAUAAUAUUUUUGGAAAAGAUAUAUGAUGGUGUCAUUGUGGAAGGAAAACGACAGAGCCAGAUGAGUGUCACAGAGCAUUGUGGGUCUUUGGUUCUUAGAAGAUGAUUCAUAGAAGUAGCAGGUCCCAUGUGGUUGUGUGGACGUGGUCAAGUUAGAAACCUCUGCUCACGCAUCCUAGCCACUGACGUGCUGUUUUUGUAGGAAAUCGUGGUAAGAAUUUCAUUUCAGCAUGAAGCAGAUGCUAUACAUUAAACGUGAGGUUAUGCCACAGUUCGUUUGGCACCUUUAUUUUCCCUGGUUUUCUUUUUUUCCUCUUUCUGUCCAAAAUUCAUCUUUUUUUUUCUGAAACAAAAUACCUGGCUACAGCUCUGGGCUUUGCUUCAUGCCAUGUGAUUGGGGAGACAUUUCUGUGAUGUGGUUUCUUCAUGUGUAAAAUGGGGAAAACCAGCAUCCACUUCCUGGAGUGGCGGAGAGAAAUAUAUGCAAUAACUCAUGUAACAUUGCCUUGUGUAGAAUGAGCAGUUAAUAAAUACUAUUGUUAUUAA